ACCAAUGAAAACAGUCAGAAAGAAGGCUUUCGUAAAUUCGAAAAGGCCUGUGAUUUUGCUCAUGCGUUAAUCUCGGACGUAUUUCUUUUUUAGCACACUGUUUAGUUUUUAAACAUAACAUGGCGGAGUUUGACGAAGAAAAUCUUAAAAUGUAUUUUUAUGAGAACAGGCUGAAAACUUUUGAGGGAUGGCCUUUCAAGGAAGACUGUUCGUGUACACCGGAAAAUAUGGCCAAGGCUGGUUUCAUUCACACACCUGCAGACAACAGCCCAGAUUUAGCCAUGUGUUUCUUUUGCCUUAAAGAGUUGGAGGGCUGGGAACCUGACGAUGACCCAGACAAAGAGCACAAGUCUCACUCACCUACAUGCCACUUCAUUGCCUUGAAGAAAAGAGAGGAGGAAAUGACUGUGGAAGAGUUUUUAAAGAUCCAUCGGGAGAAACAAAAAAACAUCAUUCGUAAACAAUGUGACGAGGCCCUUAAGAAAUUUGCAGAGGCAGCAAAAAUUAAAAGAGCAGAAAUAACCAAGACAGCCACAUGCAAAUAAAGCAGGGACCGUAAACUGUUGAUUUGUUGUUCGGAGAUCUCGACAAAGUUUUUUGCACUUUUAAAAUGUGCUGCCUGGGCUCCCCUAUAGUUCUUUGUGUACGUGCCCACCUUGUCAGAGAAAACAAUAUUCUGUUGAUGUUAUCCCCAGUUUGCAGAGAAUACCAACUAUUUUGCUUUGGUGUUUAGUGCCCUUGACAUUGUUUACAGUUUUAAUUUGAAUGUGUUAACAAGGCUUCUUAAAGUUUUUUGUGUAUGUGCCUACCACAUAAUUAAAACACUGUUUUCUUUGA